AUGUAUAUCCAAAAUACGGAACGUCCUAUGCAACAGAUGAUGAAGAGGUUGUUCGGAACACCGAAGGCAAAAGACGAACAAGAAUUAACGGUUUCCCUGAAGACAGCACUCGACAAUGGAUACCGCCUCAUCGACACAGCGUUCCUGUAUCAGAAUGAAGCGAUAAUUGGUAAAGUACUGGAAGAAUACUUGUCAAGUGGAAAAAUCAAAAGGGAAGAGCUCUUCAUAACAACCAAGAUGAUUCGAGAGAAAGUAAGCCUUUUGCAGUUGCCAUUCACCGCUCAUGCAGCCGAAGAUGUGCAGAAAUGCGUGAAAAUGCAAUUGGAAUCUCUUCGACUUGACUACAUCGAUCUCUACCUAAUCCAUUGCCCUUGCCCUUUUGAGCGGAAGAACGACAGUUUCCUCCCAAACGUUGUUGAUGGCGCCUUUGUACCAACAAAGAUUGAACACAUUGAAACAUGGAGAGCCAUGGAAAAACUACACGAUGAAGGAAAGCUCAAGGCAUUAGGUGUCUCAAACUUCAACGCUGAGCAGUUAGAACAACUUCAUCGUCAGGCGCGCAUCAAACCAGCAAAUAUUCAGGUGGAAUGUCAUAUCUACUUGCCACAAGUGGAACUUCAGCAAGUGUGUAAACAACUCAAUGUAUCGCUCACUGCCUAUGCCCCUCUCGGAUCACCUGGCAGAAAGGCUGCUCGACCAGAUGGCGUUUGGCCUGAGGGAGACCCGAUGACAGAGCCGAUUGUCAAAGAAAUAGCCGCCAAGCAUGACAAAACUCCAGCACAGAUCCUUUUGCGACACCUCACUCAACGCGGCAUCUCGGCAAUACCAAAAAGCAUCAGUCCAGACAGGCGAGUGGACCCCAUUUCCAUUCUUUUAUUAGCGAUGAUCUCUUUUGAAGUUUAA